AUGGCCAUGCAGUGUGAUGAACACAAGAAUCAGUUCUUUGGCUUUAAAAAUUUGUCUCUCUCUCCACCCAGGUAUUCCACAUCGGCAUUUUCAAGGCUGGAGAAGCUGGGCAUCAGACACCCCAAGCCCUCUCCUUUCGUUGGGAACUUGAUGUUCUUCCGCCAGGGUUUUUGGGAGAGCCAAUUGGAACUCAGAAAGCGAUUCGGGCCUCUGUGUGGGUACUAUCUUGGCCGUCGGAUGUACAUUGUCAUUUCUGAGCCAUCCAUGAUCAAGCAGGUGUUGGUUGAGAACUUCAGUAACUUUUCCAACAGAAUGUCUUCAGGUCUGGAACCCAAGCCAGUUUCAGACAGCAUCCUCUUGUUGCGUGACAGAAGGUGGGAAGAGGUCAGAGGUGCCCUGAUGUCUGCAUUUAGUCCCGAAAAGUUGAAUGAGAUGACACCUCUCAUCACCCAAGCGUGUGAACAUCUCCUGGCUCACUUAAAACGCUGUGCAGCAUCCGGGGAGGCAGCCGACAUCCAGAGGAGUUACUGCUGUUACACCACAGACAUGGUGGCCAGCGUGGCCUUUGGCAUCCAGGUGGACUCACAGAAUGCCCCAGAAGAUCCCUUUGUGCAACACUGCCGGCGUUUCUUUGCCUUCCGUGUCCCCGGGCCUCUCCUGGCUUUAAUCUUAUCAUUUCCAUCCAUAAUGGUCCCAUUGGCCCGGAUUCUGCCCAAUAAGAACCGAGAUGAACUGAAUGGCUUUUUUAACAAACUCAUUAGGAAUGCGAUUGCCUUACGGGCCCAGCAAGCCGCAGAAGAGAGACGGAAAGAUUUCCUGCAGAUGGUGCUGGACGCCCAGCACUCCAUGAGCUCGGUGGGUGUGGAAAGCUUUGACAUGGUCACAGAAGCCCUGUUCUCAUCCGAGUGCACAACCCAAAGGAGCUGCCGCACGGCCAUGUCAAAGCCUUUAACUGUGGAUGAAAUUGUGGGCCAGACCUUCCUCUUCCUCAUUGCUGGCCAUGAGAUCAUAACUAACACACUCUCCUUCAUCACGUACCUGCUGGCCAUCCACCCUGACUGCCAGGAGAGGCUUCUGAAAGAGGUGGGCCUCUUCAUGGAGAAGCACCCGGUCCCUGAGUACUGCAGCCUGCAGGAAGAACUGCCCUAUCUGGACAUGGUGAUUGCAGAGACCCUGCGGAUGUACCCACCAGCUUUCAGGUUUACUCGGGAGGCAUCACAGGACUGUGAGGUGUUAGGACAGCGCAUCCCUGCAGGUACAGUGCUGGAGAUAGCAGUGGGUGCCCUACACCACGACCCAGAGCAUUGGCCAAACCCUGAGACCUUUGACCCUGAACGGUUCAAAGCAGAGGCCCGGCUUCAGCAGAGGCCCUUCACGUACCUGCCCUUCGGAGCUGGCCCCAGGAGCUGCCUCGGGGUGCGGCUGGGGCUGCUGGUGGUCAAGCUAACGCUGCUCCAGGUCCUACACAAGUUCCGGUUUGAAGCCAGCCCCGAGACUCAGGUUCCACUUCAGCUGGAAUCCAAAUCUGCCUUAGGCCCCAAAAAUGGAGUCUACAUCAAGAUAGUGUCACGCUGACCUGGAAGGCACGUGGAAAAGAGGACACACAGUGAUGGUGACACCUGCAAGUUACUGUUAGGACGGUACCCAGGAUUCAAACAAAAGCCUCAUGGGGAGAUGGAAACAUUUAAAGAUGCCUUAUCUUAGAGUGAUUAAAGGGUACAUGGCAUGUGAGCCUAAGUUAUUUAUGUCACAGUUCCUAAAUGGUUAAUAAAUGUUUAUCACGCUUCAUUUUGGCAUCACUAAUGUGGCUCAAAGCAUGGUUUUCUUGGGACCAAGAUUAAAUAAGGGAAAGGUCAUUUUGGUUAACCUGGGAGUAUGGUGUCAAAGGAAGCCCGGGCCUCAGGGCAGAGGUGUUCUACAGUGCAGGGGACAUGGGGACACCCAGGUGAAUGGUCCUGACAGUACUGGCAUGGGCUUUUAUAGCCUCUCCCAAUUCACA